GAGUCCAUCAAAAUUCUACAGGAGAUCCAAAGCUUUUCAAUAUACCACUUAGAUGAGAAAGUUGCUCAUACGCUUCGGUCUCUAAAUCUUCCAUUUCAAAUCAAUAGUCUUCCUGAUCAGAACGUCCAAGGAAUCAGAAAUCAAUCCAUGGAUAUCAAAAGUAUCCAAAACUCAAGAUCCCACUUAGAUGAUAUGACAGUUCAUACGCCUCGGUCAGUUAGUCUUCCAUUUCAAAUCAAACUUCCUGAUCAGAGCGUCCAAGGGAACAUCUCAAAAAUCUCGUAUUUACACUCUGCAAUGCCAGGCCUUUGGUCAAAAAUAAAUUUAAAACGAAGUGUGCGUUUGUACAGUACCAACCCGUUUUCGCAUUUAGACUCUUCAGGACGAGCGCGAAUGGUAGACGUAAGCAGAAAGAGAGUCACAGAAAGGACAGCGAUCGCCGAAUGCCGACUUAAUGUAAGCGCUGAAUUGAUAAGACUUCUAAAAGAUGGCGCGUUACCUAAAGGUGACGCAUUAGGCGUGGCUAGAGUCGCUGGUGUAUUAGCUGCCAAGCGAACUUCUGAGCUUAUUCCUUUAUGUCAUCCACUUCCAUUAGACUGCGUCCUUGUCUCUUUGGAACUGCCAGAACAGGAUGACGAUAAUACAGUCUAUAUUACUUGUGAGGUUCGCGUAACAGCGAAAACUGGAGCUGAAAUGGAAGCAUUAUCCGGUUGUUCCGGGGCCGCUUUAGCACUAUAUGACAUGUGCAAAGCCGUGGACAAAGAAAUGGUCAUAUCGGAUCUUAGAGUCGUCCGUAAGACGGGAGGUAAGAGCGACUACCCCCCUCCGAAGUUACCCCCUUCACCCCCCGCGGAGACGACCAAGCCAGUUGAUUGGCCGAAGGAAACCUUUGCCCCCAUUAACGUUGUUUACUUGUGAUUGAGUUGUGAUAUGCGAAGUUUUUAUAUAAGGAAAUAUCAAGUUAUUGUUAAGUAUAAUAAAGUUGUUAUAGCCUCUUAAGGCCCAACGUCCUACUUACCUAUAGUACUUCUUCAGUUCAAUUAAAUUUAAACCCUAUCCAAUGAGGGCUACCGCGUUUAAUUUCGCCGCUAGGGGCGCUAGUGUAGAUGGAGGUCUUUCAAAAUGUGAAAUGCAUAGUUUUGGGGGUUUCAAGCUUUUUUAUCGGGAAUUUCCACUCCUUAUUCAUAAUUGUGGUAAAUCUUUGUCCAUCUUUGAUUAAUCAUGGUUAACAAAUAGAUACUCGUAUAGCUCAGUUGGUUAGUGUUAGUGGUUUAAAAAAAGUGCCAACUAAAAUAUAUGUAAAAUUUAACAGGUUGAAAAAAUGGCACAUUUAGACGUUAAAUUAAAAUACCUUACAUUAGAACGUAUUGAUUUUAUACGAAUGAUCAUAGAGGAAUUUUGAUAUCUGUUUUUCGGGACUUACAUCUACAGUAGUUAUUUCUUUUGUUUCGUUAAAUUUUCAAACAAAUCCAAAUCAACCCUAUUCCCUGCGUAAUGGGUUCAUAUUUCAGUGGCAAUUUUUGGACUUUUCAUUUGUACGGCUGGGCCUUAGGAGGAUAAGUAGAUGUUACGUCAAACGAACAUCAACGGUGAAUUGUUUAAAAUGAUAAGUCAUAGAAAUUGUUAAAUUAUCUAUAAUUAGGUACUAACUUUAUUACGCAUAAUAAAAAUUAGUACAGUCGCCAUCACAUAUAUUGGAGCGACCAAGGUGCUCAAAAAUAUCUGAACACGCACUCUAACGUCUUAACAAUAGAGGCGUGUUCAGAUGUUUUUGAGCACCUUGGUCGCUUCGAUAUAUGUGAUGGCGACUGUACAUAACUGCAAGUAGGUACAACUUAUAAAUGUUGUAGGUAUAUUUAGCAAACUAUAAAUAACUUCGAUAUUUGUUAUGUUGUCUUGUAUAAUUUAUCUACGUAAAUUAUUGUAAAUAGGUACUGGUCAUUGGAUCUACGAAUGUAUAAUUUUAUAAUACCUACCUAUAUUCAUAUAAUCAUGUUAAAACUUAAUUCGGAUUUUUGUAUUUGUAUUUUUGUAAAUUACCGCUAGUUUUUGAUUAAAACUGUGAUAAGUUUAUGAAAACUGUCUUGAAUAUAAGAAGUAUUUAGAGUACAUUAGUACAGUCGCCAUUACAUAUAUCGUAGCGGCCGAGGUGCUUACAAAUAUCUGAACACGCACUCUAACGCCUUGACAAUAGAGGCGUGUUCAGAUAUUUGUGAGCGCUCUGGCCGCUCCGAUAUAUCUGAUGGCGACUGUACAAUAAAUAAAAAGUAAAGUAAAAGGUGGGGAAAAAAAUUCCAGUAAUUACCACUGGUAAGAACUUGGUGGUAACUAGUGGGAAUAACCUGCACAUUGGACGGGUGGAAUACCGCUCUAAGCUACUAAUGGUUGUUAAUGUUU